UUAUGCCGUUUCCCGUCGGACCACAUUCUGUGUAACCCAGCGGUCGCCGACGAGAAAGUGACAGGAGAGCUGCUAGUUGUAGACAUUUUUCUUCAAGCUUUUUAUUUAAUUUUGUGUUGCACAGACAGAAAUGGACGACCAGGGGUGUCCGAGAUGCAAAACAACCAAAUACAGGAAUCCUUCGCUGAAGCUGAUGGUGAACGUCUGCGGACACACGCUAUGCGAGAACUGUGUGGAGAUGCUGUUUGCGCGUGGCUCGGGUAACUGCGUGCAGUGCGACACGCCCCUGAGGAAGAGCAACUUCCGCGUGCAGCUCUUCGAAGACCCGACCGUAGAUAAGGAGGUGGAGAUUCGCAAGAAGGUGCUGAAGAUAUACAACAAGAGAGAUUUUGACUUCCCCAGCCUGAGAGACUAUAACGACUUCCUGGAGAAAGUGGAGGACGUAGUGUAUAACCUGACAAACAACAUUGAUGUGGAGAACACUAAGCUGCGGAUGGAGCAGUACCAGAGGGAGAACAGAGAUCUCAUCCAGAGGAAUAAGGUUAAACUGACACGAGAGCAGGAGGAUCUAGAGGAGCUACUGUUGCUGGAGCAGCAGGGCAACGACCAGCGGAGACUGGAGUUGCUGCAGGAGGAGCAGAGGCAGCUACAGACCAAGAGGAAGAACAAGCAGGCAUUGCUGGAUGAACUGGAGCAGUCUCAACUUCCUGCCACCAUCUUGCUUGCCCAACACAAGGUCCGUGCUGCCAACCUGGAGACCCAGAUAGAGCAGCAGAAACAGGUGGUCAAACCUACCAAUCUAUUUUCAACUGGAAUCCAUAUGCGCCAGACGGUGUCUCUUCAGCCUGUUCCCAAGAUAGAGGAAGUUCUGUAUCUCUACAAGCCCCUUCGAGUUGAAACCUACGGACCGUCAGUGCCUGAACUGGAGCAUCUGGGCAGACUCGGGUAUCUGAACCACGUGCGGGCUGCCAUGCCUCAGGACACAGCUGGAGGAUACACCUCAGCUUUGGCAUGUCAUCGAGCCGUUCAGGAUGCUUUCAGUGGGAUGUUCCUUUUGAAACGCUGAGCACAUCCAGAGCUCAAACAGCACAACAGCCACAGGUUAGAAAUGUGACUAAAAGGACAAUAAAAGCCUCACCGCUGCCACUGAGAGGGCAAAUGCUGCUGGGGUGGAGGGUGCUCUGACUCAUUUUUGGUCAAGGUGUAUAUGACUUUUUAUAUUUUGUGUUAAUUUUAUAUUUAAAAAAAUCACACUGAACAGUUGUCAAUUAUUUUAUAGAUUUAUUUGAAAGUGAAACAAUUUAAGGCGUCAGGUCAAGCUCUGAAUAAUAAUAACUAAUACAUUCUAGUACGCACAAAAGGAAGUCUCGUAUUGAAGUAAAGCUGGGUCAUGGUUUCUUAUGACACGAUGCAACAUUUGUAAUAAUAGCAUCAGUUUAACUCUAUGUGAAUAAAAAUAAAAUAAAAAAUUCUCAAAUCAAA